AUGUCUGCCAACCUGGGACGCCGGCUGUACGCCCACAUCUGGGAAACAGCAACUCCAUUCCUUGGCAUACGAAUAACUCGUAUAUCGGAUACUUCUACAAGUAAACUUUUCGACUUCAUUUCAAGUCGCCCCCGAAUCUCGACACAUCCACGGAAUACAACCCAUAUUACCAAGAGAUUUGCUACCGGUGGAUGCUUCGUCCUCGGUAUCUCGCCCACUCCCACUGCAGCGGAAACUACCACAGCACGCAUCAUCCCCUCCCAUAAAAUUGCCGCCCAAUAUGUUUGGAGCCGCAGCAUACAUACUUCCAAUAAUUCCCGAAGUGGUACGGAUGUCUCUAAAGACACCCAACCACGAAAUCAACAUGAUCUCCAAAAUGUCAGCAAUGACAAGGUUACAUCUACCGUCAAGGAAAAACACCAAGACCCUCAACAGCCAGCAUCCAAUCGCCAUUUGAUGGAUCGCUUACCUCACAUGCCCCAUCUACACCGGCCGUCAAAGGAAGAGCUUUUGGCCGCCGCGAAUGGGUUCUGGUCACGGUUAAAAGUACGAUUCAAGUGGUUUUCUAUACGGAGUGUGCGUCCUUUUAAUUUGGAUGAGAUGACCGCCCUCUUUUCAUGGGUUCUACUGGGUCAUGUUGUCUGGGUUGUCGUGGGAACUACGACUUUCUUCUCACUUCUGAUUCUCGCGAUCAAUACGGUUUUCGCUCAGGAGACUCUAGCAGGGUGGGUAGGCAAUUAUCUCACCAAAUCCUCUGGGGUGAAAGUUGUCUUCGAAUCUGCAAUCGUUCCCAAGUGGAGGAAUGGUGUCAUCACAUUUAAGAAUGUGUUUGUGUCAAAGCGGCCGGGACAAGGCACAGGUCAUGUCAGUAAAGGUUCGUCAAAGACUGCUGCAGCUGCAGCUGCAGCUCGGGGUGAAACUGGGCACGAAGAUCCCCAGCUCUUAUCCGAUGAGGAGGAGGAUACCAACUAUACCCAGUUCGAUUUGUCGAUUGAAACAGUAAAUGUGACACUGUCAUUCACCAAGUGGCUUAAUGGAAAAGGUCCACUUCGUGAUGUGGAGGUGAAAGGCAUACGGGGAGUCGUCGAUCGCCGGCAUGUUUACUGGCCAGAGGAGGACUUGGACCCCAAGUCCUACCGGCAUGAGCAUAAUCCCGGUGAUUUUGAAAUUGACUCAUUCAAAAUGGAUGAUCUUCUUGUCACCAUAUACCAACCUGACAACUUCCGGCCAUUCUCUGUGAGCAUUUUCUCUUGCGACCUUCCCCAAUUGCGGAAACAAUGGCUUUUUUAUGACUUCCUUUCUGCCAACAUGAUGUCCGGGUCCUAUGAUAACUCUUUGUUCACAAUUCACGCUCGUCAGAGCCAUGGCCAUACGGGAACUAGGCUGGAUAGCGGAGCAGAGAGCGAUGGCAAAGCAAGUCCAUGGAAGAAGCAUAACAGGAUACGCGUCGACGGACUCAAUGUUGAUCAUCUCAAUCGCGGUGUCCAGGGUCCUUUCUCUUGGAUCCACGAGGGGACCGUGGAUAUUGUAGCCGAUAUCAUGUUCCCUGCUGAGAAUAAUGAGAGCUUGGCAAAGGUGAUGGCCGAUUUCUAUGAUCGACUAGAGGCAACUGUGAUCUCCAAUCGGUAUCCAGAGCCUCUGUCGUCAACCUCUGGUCAAGAAUCUGAGAAUGAGGACCGCCGAUUCCUGGUCAUGGACCUACGCGUGCAUCUGAAUAAUGUUCGGGCUGUGGUGCCCAUUUUUACCCGGGACCUUUCUUACAUCAAUAACGCACUUAUCCGGCCUAUUGUUGCAUAUAUCAACUCGAAGCGAACAUUUAUCCCAGUCAACUGCCGUUUGGUCAAGCGCGUUGGAGAUUUUGAUGGAAGCUGGACUGUCUUUGACAGCAGUUUGAUGGACGACCUUUCAGCUGCGACCUAUGAUGCGUUCGCCCGUGAUGUUGUGGAUGAUCAAGCCCGGAAACGACGAUUCAAAAAAGUUGGAUUUUGGUCACUUCAGUUGGCUGCUCAGGCAAUUUUCAUGGGUAUGGCCGGUAAUAUUGCCUGA